AUGGGUCUGGAAGAGUUUGAGAAGGAGUUAGCGGCCGGUAGAGAUGAUGAGGUGAAGGAGAAUACUCACCGUAGUCGUGAUGAAGAGGGGGAGAAAAGACAUCACCGACACCAUCACCGUUCACAUCGACUCGGAGGAGAUGAGUCGCGGGAUGCAGAACGACGGCAUCGACAUAAGAGACAUCGGGAAGGACGAGAAGACGAGGAUCGCGAACGCCGACACCGGAAGCGCCAGCGAAGUGACUCCCCGAAGCCUGCGAAGAAGGAAGAGGGAGUGAAAGUGUUCGACAACCACAACGCUGAGGAUGAGGAAGACGAAUGGGUGGAGAAAGAGGCCAUGACAGCACCACCAGGAGAACAGGAGUUAGACGAUCUUAUUUCAAGUGCCACUGAACCCAUACAGCGAGAUUCAUGGAUGCAAGAACCCUCUGGCCAAGAUAUCGAACAUGUCAAGAGUCGCAAACCCACUGCUCCACCCAGCCAAUUCGUAGGCGCGAAGAACAACCACGAGUUCAAGGUACAGGAGACGCAAAUUAAUCAGCACUUGGCUGAUUUACAGAAUGACUUUAAGGCUGAUGAUGGAGAGGAUGCUGCGAAGGUGGAGGAUGAACCGGCGCAGCAUGAAGUCUCCUACACCUUUGGCGAUACCGGGAGCCAGUGGCGGAUGACGAAGCUGCAGGGGGUGUAUCGACAGGCGAAGGAGGGUGGACAGGGUGUGGAGGAUGUCGCGCUGAAACGGUAUGGUGACCUCCGCGACUUUGACGAUGCACGAGAGGAGGAGAGGGAGAUGGACAGGAGGAAGACGUAUGGUAAAGACUAUGUGGGUCUGAUCAAGCCAUCAGGAGAGCUGUUCGAAGAGCGUAAGAUGAAGGCUGGUCUGCACCGGCAGUCACAGAGUCAGUCUCACGAUGCUGGGCAAGACGACCUCCCACAAGGUGAGGUAAUGCCCGAAGGUGACGCUCCCAGCACUACCCAACCCCUCGACCAAACAGCCCUCAACAAACUCAAGGCCCAGAUGAUGAAAGCCAAACUCCGCAACGCCCCAGACGCCACCAUCCUAGAAGAACAAUACAACCGUGCCGCCUCAGCCAGCCAAUCCAACACCUCCCAACCGGGCGUCGUCGUCCUCAACAAAAUGGACAACCGCCACCUCGCCAGCUCUCGCACCAGCGAAGUCACCGCCGUCUCCAGCAAAAGAGGCCGUGAACGCGGCCUCGUGACCGAGAACGAAGACAUGAGUAUAUCCGACAUGGUCCGGCAAGAAAAACGCUCCCGCACCACUAAUGCAGGCAAAGACUUCGCGGAGCGAAUAGCCAAAGAUGGGAGAUUCACGGAUAAUCUCGAUUACAUGGACGAGAACGCCACGAACUUAUCUAAGAACGUGAUGAAAUCCGACAUCAACCUCCGCACCACCGCGAUCGGGGAUUUCAGCAAAAUGCAGCGGAUCCUGGAUUCGUGCCCUUUAUGCCAUCAUGAGGAUAAAUCCGACCCCUUACCUACAGCGCCCAUUGUGAGUCUAGCGACAAGAACAUACCUCACGCUCCCCACGGAACCAGAGAUAGCGAAAGGCGGCGCAGUGAUAGUCCCGAUCCAGCAUCGUCUCAACCUCCUCGAAUGCGACGAUGAUGAGUGGGAGGAGAUGCGGAAUUUCAUGAAAUCCCUGACGCGGUACUAUCAUGCGCGGGACAAAGGGGUGAUUUUCUACGAGAACGCGGCACAUAUGCUUUCGCGAAAGGGUCACGCAACACUGAACUGUAUCCCGCUUCCCUUCCACCUGGCGGAAACAGCACCAGCCUACUUCCGCGAAGCUAUUUUGGCAGCAGAUGAACAAUGGAGUCAACAUCGUCCGUUAAUCGACACCCUCGCCUUGUCCCAGAAAGCCGGCGGGUUCGGGAAGGGAGCGUUUAGGAAGAGUAUGGUGAAGGAGAUGCCUUAUUUUCAUGUUUGGUUUGGACUUGAUGGCGGAUUGGGACAUGUGGUUGAGGAUGCUGCGAGGUGGCCUAGGGGGGAUCUGUUUGCUAGGGAGGUGGUGGGGGGGAUGUUGGAUAAAGGGCCGGAGGUUGUGAAGAGGCAGGGACGAUGGGAGAGGAGGGAUGCUAGAGUUGAACGGUUCAGGAAGAAGUGGGGGGAGUUUGAUUGGACAGGGGUUUUGAUGGAGGGAUGA